AUGUCAGGACACCACCGCAUCACCCUCGCCGCCAACCCUCCCUACUUUGAUGGGGACAAGUCCAAAUAUUUGGGCUUUGUAGAUUCGUGCACCACCUACAUUGGUGCCUACCAAUCAGAGUUCUCGCAGGAUGAGACCAAGAUCCUCUUUGUCCUCUCCUACCUCCGUAACAAGACCAGCACAAGCUGUGCUGCCUCAAGAUGGGCGAUGAACUGGAAGCAGCACAACUUUGAUGGCUUCCAGGGACUGAAGACAGGGAGGGCCUUUGGGGACUCCAAUGCAGAACAAGUCGCCACUGCUCGACUCAUGGCCCUGCGCCAAAACAAAUGGUCCUUCGCGGACUACAUCUCCAACUUUGAGAUGUUGGCUGUGGAUGCGGGAUACAAUGUGGUCGACACCACCGACAACAAAGGCGAAUACAAGAAGGGGGACCAAGACAAUAUCCUCAUCAAGUUCCUGGAGCGCGGACUCAGUAGCGAGAUUGCCAGCCGUCUCUACAACACUGGUGUCCCCCUGCCCAAGGCCUAUGGGGCGUUCAAAGCCUGGUGCAUCAACAUCGAAGCCAAUGCUCUACGCGACCAGCUACGCAAGGCAUCUUACAGACAUCCCACGCCACGACCACCUCCUCAGUUCUGCCCACAGGCUGCGCCAACAAUGCCUGCACCCACACCGGCCCAACCCGCUGCCAACAAACCGGUUCCAAUGGACAUUGAUUGCACCCACACCUGCGGCCGCAAUAUCAUCUGCUACAACUGUCAGCAGCCUGGGCACAUCACGCGGAACUGUCUGGAGCCAAGGAAGAAGCACACAUUCUUCAAUCGGGCCAUGAUGCUGGAAGAGAUCGAGAAUGGGGACAAGGACAACGAGUUCCUCAAGGAGAUCGCCGAGAAGCUGCGCAAGAAGGGUUUUUGA